UGUACACAUAAACUAAUGCACAUAUAAUUGUGUGCACAUUGCUUUGUGACCGUCCAUUACUCGUCGAAUCAACAAAACAAAAAAGACUGCCAUUAAAGCCAUCUAAGUGUUGUUUUUUUUUUAAAAGAAUCAAAUAUAAAAUGUUCAUUAAGCAAUCUUAAUUUUAAUUACUCAAUACGGUCUGGUCUCAUGUGAAAACUGGCGUUCACAGCAUGUGACGGUCACGUCUCCAGUCUCAAACCCACGCGUCAGUAACCCACGUCGUCCGCUCACCAACUUUUACUCCUUCAUCUUCUCUAUAUAUAAAUCCAACUAAACUUCAUAUUCGCUCUCUUUUAUUUCUAAAAAUCUCACCAGUUUCAAACUUUGUUUCCCCACAAAAAUUCCCCACACGACAACGAAAUCAAAACUCUUUAAAGAAAAAAGAAACCCCACAACAACUCCAUUUAUAGCUUUCUUCAUUUCUUUGUCUAAUUAAAGAAAAUAUGGUUAUAGCUGCAGAAACUCAUCACCGGAGACUCAAUUUCGCCGCCUACUUAAGCACCGAUCUAGCCACCGACGAUGAAGAACAGAUUCAUGGUGAUGAUGUCAUCAACCCCACUAGUACCAGCAUCAACAACAACCAACAACAUCAAACCAAAACUAGCGGCGAUUCGUCUCCAAACCAGGUCCCAUCUCCAUGGAAUCAGACUUACUCUCCGUACUACACCGACACAACAACAACAACAACACCAACGAUGUCUCCCUCUCCAUGGAACCAGACUUACUCUCCUUAUUACCAGUCUCCUUGGAUCCACCAAACCGGAAACAUAGAUAAUGAUUCAGACAACGGUUUGAUCGGUACGAUCGUGAGGCAAGAAGGUCAUGUCUACUCCUUAGCUGCUUCUGGAGAUCUUCUAUACACCGGAUCCGAUUCAAAAAACAUUCGUGUCUGGAAAGAUCUCAAGGACUUCGCCGGUUUUAAAUCAACAAGUGGUUCAGUCAAAGCAAUUGUAAUAACCGGAAAUAACCGGAUUUUCACCGGUCAUCAAGACGGUAAAAUCCGAAUCUGGAGAGGUUCUAAGAAAAGAACCGGAGUAUAUUCACGAAUCGGGAGCUUACCGAGUAGGAAAGAGUUUCUAACCAAAUCGGUUAACCCGAAGAACUACGUCGAGGUACGUCGCCAUAAAAACGUUCUGAAGAUACGUCACUACGACGCCGUUUCGUGUCUAAGCUUAAACGAAGAACUCGGUUUACUCUACUCCGGUUCGUGGGACAAAACUCUCAAAGUCUGGAGACUCUCCGACUCCAAAUGCCUAGAAUCAAUUCAAGCUCACGACGACGCCGUCAACACCGUCGCCGCCGGAUUCGACGACUUGCUAUUCACCGGAUCCGCCGACGGGACUUUAAAAGUGUGGAAACGCGAGCUUAAAGGGAAGGGGACGAAGCAUUUUCUAGUAAACGUGUUGAUGACGCAAGAGAACGCUGUGACGGCGUUAGCUGUUAAUUUAACGGCGCGUGUUGUUUACUGUGGAAGUUCAGACGGUUCCGUUAAUUUUUGGGAAGGGAAGAAAUAUCUUUCUCACGGCGGGAUUCUCCGUGGUCACCGUAUGGCGGUGCUCUGCCUCGCCGCAGCCGGGAGUCUGGUGCUGAGCGGCGGAGCGGAUAAGAAUAUUUGUGUGUGGAGGAGGAACGGCGAUGGGACGCAUUCGUGUCUCUCGGUGUUGAUGGAUCAUGUGGGACCCGUCAAGUGUUUAACGGCUGUGGAAGAGGCGGAGGGAGAUGGAGAUGGGAGAUGGAUAGUGUACAGUGGAAGCUUGGAUAAAUCGGUGAAGGUGUGGCGCGUGACGGAGACGGCGUCACCGUUGAUUGGCUGAGAGAUGUCUCGAGGAGGAGAAGAGGUUACGCGGCGUUUUAGCGCGUGGGAUGAGACUACGGGGAAAAAGAAUGUUCCGCGGGAUAUGUGGUUCUUGUCUUUGUGGUCAAGACGAGUUUUAUGGCCGGCAAAAGGAAACAGAUCUUACGACCAAUAGUAGACUGCCACGUCAUGAAGUAUCUAAAAGGUUUAGAAUGUUUUUUUUUUCUAUUUUAUUCGAUGCUUCAAUGUAAACUGCACAUAUUUGAAUUACGUUUGAUAAAGAAACAUAAGCGGUGGGAAUGAUUCUGCUAUGUUCAGAAAAGGGCACUAACCCGUAUAUUAUUUGAUUUAUUUCAUUGUUUUAAUAUCAAAGUUAUCUAUAUUAUUAAAGUUGAAAUGCAUUUUGGAGAUGUUUGGAAACAAGUAUAGUAUUCUAAAUGAAAUCUGUUUAGA